GUGGUUAUACGGAUAUAAUGUACUCCUUGGCUCGUAGUGUAUGCUUUUAUGUUCCUCGAAAAUGUCGUGGAGUACUUUUGAUAUUAUGCUUUCUUAUUGUAGGAAUAUCUUUAUUACUGGGCCUCCAUAUAACAGCCGUCCUGCUGGGAGCAGCUAACCAGGAGAUGAAAAUAACUGAGAAAGCACUUAAAGAAGACAUACCUGUUCUAAAAAUAACUACCGAGACUACAACAUCAACCACUGAGACAUCAACUUCAUCAUCAUCCAUGUCAUCUACUGCAGCAGGACAGCAAGAAGGGAUCGCUUGUCUUCCAUCGUUCCCAAAAAUCCUUUUAUUCAUACGAAUACCAAAAUGUGCAAGUACUUCGUUCCUAAGCAUAGCAGAAGAAAUAUCUUCUCAUCAAAUAGUGGGAGAUGGAAAAGGAUUCAACUUACACUUUAAUCCAAGCGGGGCCUACGAUUGGAACAAAGAGACAAUAAAGAGUGUUUUAUCAACGCUUAGAGAGCAAUCCUUCAUUGGAGAUAGAUCAAUGUAUAUAAGACACUUUUACUAUGUCAACUUUGAUGACUUCUCUGUUCACGAGGGACAGCCUCUUUCUUCCUUCUCCUACAUCACAAUAGUUAGAGAGCCAGUAUCCAGAAUAGUCUCUUCGUAUCUUUAUUACCAUUUCAGUUCCAAGCCUCACAUACAGAGGAUCCUCAACCCAAAGCAUAAGAACGAAUCCCUGGAGACCUGCAUACAGUACUCACACGAGGGCUGCACACCUAACUUGAUGACGAGGUACUUCUGUGGACAAGAAAGCUCCUGUGCAAGUGGAUCUAUGGCAGCUUUAGAGAAAGCAAAGAGGAACAUCGAGAGACAUUUUAAAGUUGUUGGUUUGCUCGAGAAUCUCAAGGAGACAUAUUUAUUGUAUAAAACCCUCUUGCCGGGUUACUUUAAAGACUUAGAUGAAGACAAGGGGUUGAGAUUACGCAAGAAUAAAAAUGAAAAAAGUAUGGAACUGUCUGUUUCUUUGCAAGAGAGAAUAAAAGAAGCAAAUGGAGCAGACGUGUUGCUCUAUGAGUAUAUUAAAGAGAGAUUUUUUGAACAACUCAGAAAUUGUGGUAUUAAAACUGAUUUUAAAAAGGUAGAAAAAUAAUAUCAUUUAAAAGAAAAAAAAUUGAUAAUACGUGGAUAAUUGAUUAGCAGUUUAAUAACAAAAAUAAAACCUAGUCUCUAGAUUUGACUGUUUACUCUUUGCUUUUACUGUA